ACUAAAUCUUAUCUUAUGUAAAACAAAUACUUGUAUCAUUUUCGAAAGCCAAAAUCCUAAGUUUGAUGAUCAUCCUAUAAAUCAAUCAACUUUGAGUAGAGAUAAGAUUGCUUAUAAAUAAAAGCAUGAUUUGCAAAUAGUGCCUCCAAUUUAAAAAGUAAAAAGUUAAAGACAUUUGUUGUUGUGUUGCAUGAAAACCAGAGAAUCUCGCAUGUGUUUUGACUUGUUUAUGUCCAUUGCCUUCACUUGUGCAACCUCCACUCGGUUAUUUCGCCAUUUAUGCACGUAAUCAAACGACCCUAUUUUCUCCCUUCUCUCCUAGGGUUUCCCUUUUCCCUCUUCUAAUUUCCUUUCUCUUUCUUCACAUUCGAUUUCCCCCGCAAUUAAUCUCCUCUCUUUGCGAGAAGCCCAAUUUUACCCAGAAUUCUGAAUUCAUUACCCUUUUGAACAGGUUUCAAUUGAUGUAAAUGAAUUGAUUUCUGAGAGCUGCUGCCCAAUUUGGGUACUUUGGUGGGGGAUUUUGAUUAAUAAUUUUACAAUUAUUGCUUCUUCUAGGGUGGAUUCGGUGAGUUGGUUUAAUGGAGGAUAAUAACCCGAAUAAUAGUAGUAAUAGUAACCGAGUUCUGUUACUGGAUGAUGGUGAGCUUGAAUUUUCAAACCAAUUUUCCAGUGCAAACAUUGGCGAGAUUCCUGGUUGUGGAUCAAUGGAUAGUUUUUUUGAAGAACUACUGAAGGAUACUCAAACUUGUACUCAUACCCACACUUGUAAUCCCCCGGGGCCAGAUUUCUCACAUACACACACAUGUUUUCAUGUCCACACUAAAAUCCUGCCACCCCCUAGUGAAGAAGAGAAAAGUGGCAACAAUGAUGAUUCUGCUGAAUCUGAAGAAAUGAAAAGUAGGAAACGAGGGAGGGAACGAGGUGGUAAUCGAGAAGCUGUUCGUAAAUACCGUCUGAAGAAGAAAGAACAUGCGGCCUCGUUGGAAGGGGAAGUUGUGAAAUUGAGGGCUAUUAAUCAGCAAUUGCUAAAAAGGCUGCAAGGUCAGGCUGCCUUGGAAGCUGAGAUUGCGAAGCUUAAGUGUCUCCUUGUUGACAUAAGGGGUAGAAUUGAAGGGGAGAUUGGCUCUUUUCCGUAUCAAAGACCGAUCAAGAGUGGUGAUAUGUAUCACAAUAUGGCAGGCUCUAGUUUUCCUGGUUCUUAUAUGAUGCCAUGUAAUGCUCAGUGUGCCGAUCAGCUUUAUUGCCUCCAUCCUGGCGUUGAUGGAAAAGCAGUGGAUGCUGGUGUCUUAAACGGUCAAGGUUUCAGUGGUUGUGACUAUGACAAUUGCAUGGGUGGUUUGACAUCUGGAGCUAAGGACCAUCUUGGUUGUGGCACAACAAAUGUGACAACCACUGGUGCAUCAUGUGGCAAUACCAGGAGGAAAAGCUAACCGUGUAUCAAGUUGCAAGGUAAUUGGUAUUGUCGAUGCGAUGGAGAUAUGAAGCUGGGUCAAAUAUCUUCUGGAUCUAGGCAUCGAUGAGCCGUUAAAUGUCGGUUAAGAACGCCCCGACUACUCAGCAGAAAUAUCUUUGUUUGGCUUACAGUCUUCUGAUAAUUAAAUUGCAGCUUCGAUUUGGAUGUGGGGAUUCCUUUCUCCUGUUCUUCUGCAUUAUGUCAUGCUGUUUUAUCCACCAGUUUUUGUAAUCCUGGAACAUAUUUAUUAUUUUUAGGACAUGUACAUGCUGGUUCGUUGGUUUUUUCUUUCUUAAAUGGCGAAUCUAUGUUUUUCUGACUGGAGAACUUCUCUAUCUCGAAGGAGCUCUUAGCUCAUGAGUUCUGCAUUUUGGUACAAGAUUUCUCGAAUCUUUCCAAGCUUUAAAUAAAUUAUACAGUCCUGUAAUUGAUGUUUUUGAUUAAUUGAUACAUAAAUCAUAAUUGGUUCUGAAAUGA